GGAAAGGGGAGCAGCCCUCCGUGCGUUGCGCCAUCAGCCACACGUCCGACGUGUGGAGCUCACCCGGAACGCCAUGGACAUCAACUCCGUUGACAGCUCCCUCUACGAUGACAUCAGCCAGACCUCGAGCAUCACUCUGGUGAGGGCACUUUUCGAAUCGAACAGAUCCAUGCACCCGCCCGCGGUGUGUCCAUCCAUCCAUCCAUCCAUCCAUCCAUCCAUGUUUUGUGAUGUCUUUUUUUUUGUGCAGUGGACGACGUUCGGUGUGUUGUCUGCGUUGGGUCUGUUCAUGUGGGUGCGGGCCAUCACCGCCACCCAGAAAAGGGCCAUCAACUCGGACAACAUCUGUAUGGCCGUACUCCUCACCGGCGCAUUCACCUACCUCGGUACCUACUUGAUGAAGAGACCAGGGAGGGAGGGAGGGAGGGAUGGACAGCACCCAGACAGAUGCAUCUGUGCCGCAUUGUUCUGGUUGCUGUGCGGAUGGUGCAGGUAUGAGUUUCGGCGUGGGCAAGGAGUUGUAUGCCGACAAGACGGGCGACCACUACCGCGUGACGCUGCAGCUGCGAUACAUAGGCCGACUCGUCGGCGGCGCACUGCUCGGAUACGCAGUCUCACACCUGGCCAGGUACCAUACGGUGAAUGAAUGGCCACAUGGAUGCGAUUCUGUGUUGGUCUGUGUAUCUACCGACCUGUGUGUGUGUACGUCAGGGCGACCCGGUACAUGCAGCUGGUGCUGAUGGUGCUUUGGGGCAUCAUUGUCACCUCACUCCGAUACGGUGCGAAUGACCUGCCUACCAUGCCUACAAAGGACUGCUUAGCAUCUGUUCCGCGUGUUUGGGUCCACGUGUACUGUUGCAGGUCUUCUGGUGGAAUGGGAUGGCCGCUGGUCGUUCUGGGGCUUCGCUCUGGCCGUCUACGUGGUGUACACCUACCUCCUCACAUUCGAAAUCGCCCAAAACGUAGUCGACGCUGAGGUGCAGGUACGCCACACAUCGGUGUGUAUCCAAACAUACAUACAUAGCACAUGGGUGGGAUUGGGUGCGGGUGAUGGAUGUACCUGUGUAUCCGUUUGUCUGUCUGUCUGUCUGUCAGUGGACGUACAACUUUCUGUCGACGAGCACGAGUGUGUUGAUCGGCUUCUACUUUUUGUUCUACGUCCUGGGGGAGAUAAUGCAAGUCGUCGACGUGGAAGUCGAAAUGUACGUAUGGAUGGACAAUUGUGUGGCAAAGGGAGGGAGGGAGGGAGAAGAAUGCCGUUUGACGCUUCCAAGCGUAUGCGGAUAUAUGUGUGUAUGUGUGCUCAGCAUCGUGCAUUGCGUCAUGGAUUUCCUGCUGCUGGGCUGCCUCCCCACCGCCAUCACGUUCCUCGAGAACUCCGUCGACGAGGGGCUUUUGCCUUCGGUACGUUAUAGGAAACUACCAUACACCGAUGCAUGGUGUUCGACCAUGAGUCCUUUCCUUGUCGAUGUGUACCUGGAUGAGUGCAGCAAGAGCAGGAGAUGAACCUCUACCCAGGUACACAGACAAAGCCAGCAACCAACUACAAGAGGCAAAUGAACAGCUGCAAUUCCAUCUAUCUAUCUAUCCAUCGUGGUGUUGUCUGUGUGUGGUCCAUCCCCCUUCCCCUUCAUUUUCCUCCCAUGUGUGCAGGCCCCCACAAGGUCGGUUUCCACCCCAACCCCGAGUACUACGAAAACUAAACAUGUCGCGCCAACAAUAAAACACACGCAUAGCGUGUGUACUGAUAGAGAUAGCCUUCCAUUCAGCCUGCCUACUUCUUUCCUUGACUUCUUCCCGUGACUUUUUUCUUUUGUAUUGGCUGGUCGCACACACACGAAGGGGGUGUUGAUUCGAUGGUGCUGCGUGUCCUUGUACGUUCUCGGGUUCUUCAAAGCACACGUCUGGAUGGGCUGGGUGGAUUGGGUGGCUGGCUGGCUGGCUGUGUGGUAGGGAAGUGAGUGGAAUGCAUGAGGUGAAUGUUUGGCAGAGAGGGGCUGGCUGGCAUCGAAUUACGCACCCGUACGUGCAGUGUACAGACAGGCAGACUUCUAGAACACCCCGCUGACCGACAAGCGUGUCUGUGUGACGGAUCCCCGGAGCUAGACGAACACUGAGCGUUGUCGAACGAAUCAUUUUCCAAGAAUGAGUCCUGAGGAG